CUUAUAAUGGAAAACACUCGUCAGCAGGCUGCUGAGGUCGUGCUUUAAGUUACUUGCGAAGGAACUGUAAAGAUGCUCAUGUAAUUUAUUGUGCUAUAAAACCUACUAGAGGUAACAUUAACCAGUAAUUCUAGAAUUGGAAUGCAGAAGAGGUCGUUUUUUAUCAAUAAAAAGUAGGUAAAUUUAUUUCCAAAAAACCCCAAACCGUGUGAAGAGUAUCUAGUUCUUACUCUGGAAAAAGAAACAAAACCUGAUCCGUGAAGAGGAAUGGGAUAUUUUGGUGCAUUAUGUAAACAUCUCAUAAAAUUCUCAGCAGGUAGAAAUUGGAAUAUGCUUAAUAUAGCUACGGGAGGAUUUUUGCUUUUUAAAGACUAUUGCAUGAAUGAGAUCGAUGAAGCCGUCCCUCAGCUGAAGUUUUACGAAGAGCUCUUCUGCCUUGGCUUCGUGUCCUCCACCGGAGGAAGCGGCGCGUCUGGUCCUCCGCAUCCCGGAGGCUUUCCCCGUGCCGAGGUGAGAUGCCCAAGCACCGUGCCUGCAGUCCCAGGCACCUCGUUCCCUGUAGCACCCAUCCAGACUGAGAGCGACGCCCCGGUGUCCGUAGCUGAUUUCGGGCAGCUGCCUGGCCUUGUGGAAAAGGACAUGUGGCUGGAGGUACCAGCGUUCGGAUCACACUCCCAAAUGCUUCGUGCCCUUCUCUAGCAUCCUUUUGCCUGUAGAGCAGAGCGCGGCUGCCCGUGGCGCUGCACGAGGGACGCAGGGACAGCCGGGGCUGGCGCUGGCUUCUGAGAUCUCUGGGGAGUGGCGGUGGCAGGGCUGCAGAACAGCCCUGGGAGUGCUGCAGAGCAAGAGGAGCCUGCGGAGAGUGGUGCGAGAGGUGGCUUUAGAUCGCUAAGAUAAAAGAAUACGAGAAGCUGGAUUCUGAGGAGGAGCGUAUGACCCGAAGUCGGCAGAUUUAUGACACGUACAUAAUGAAGGAGCUUCUCUCCUGUUCACAUCCUUUCUCAAAACAAGCUGUAGAUCAUGUACAAACGCAUUUAGCCAAGAAACAAGUGCCAGCCAGCCUUUUUCAGCCAUAUAUAGAAGAAAUCUGUGAUAGUCUCCGAGGAAAAAUAUUUCAGAAAUUUAUGGAAAGUGACAAGUUUACUAGAUUCUGUCAAUGGAAAAACGUAGAACUAAAUAUUCAUCUGACCAUGAAUGAUUUUAGUGUACAUAGAAUAAUAGGAAGAGGGGGAUUUGGUGAAGUGUAUGGUUGCAGAAAAGCAGACACUGGAAAAAUGUAUGCAAUGAAAUGUUUAGAUAAGAAGAGAAUCAAGAUGAAGCAAGGAGAAACAUUAGCCUUAAAUGAAAGAAUUAUGCUGUCUCUUGUCAGUACAGGAGACUGUCCUUUUAUAGUGUGUAUGACCUAUGCCUUCCACACCCCUGACAAACUCUGUUUCAUUCUGGACCUGAUGAAUGGAGGAGACUUGCACUACCACCUCUCCCAGCACGGAGUGUUUUCUGAAAAAGAAAUGAGGUUUUAUGCUACUGAAAUCAUCCUGGGUUUAGAACACAUGCACAAUCGCUUUGUUGUGUACAGAGACCUAAAGCCUGCAAAUAUCUUGUUGGAUGAACAUGGGCACGUGAGGAUAUCAGACCUUGGGCUGGCUUGUGAUUUUUCCAAAAAGAAGCCACACGCUAGCGUAGGUACCCAUGGAUACAUGGCUCCAGAGGUGCUCCAGAAGGGAACAGCAUACGAUAGCAGUGCGGACUGGUUCUCGUUAGGCUGCAUGCUUUUCAAACUUCUGAGAGGUCACAGUCCUUUCAGACAGCACAAAACCAAAGACAAGCAUGAGAUCGACCGGAUGACGCUCACCGUGAAUGUGGAGCUACCAGAUUCAUUUUCUCCUGAACUGAAGUCCCUUUUGGAAGGGCUCCUGCAACGGGAUGUUAGCAAGAGACUUGGAUGCCAAGGAAGAAGUGCACAAGAAGUAAAAGAACAUCCUUUCUUCAAAGGCAUUGAUUGGCAGCAAGUCUAUUUACAAAAGUACCCUCCACCAUUGAUUCCUCCCAGGGGAGAAGUAAACGCGGCAGAUGCUUUCGAUAUUGGGUCAUUUGAUGAAGAGGACACUAAAGGCAUUAAGUUGCUUGAUAGUGACCAGGAAUUAUACAAGAACUUCCCUCUGGUAAUAUCGGAGCGCUGGCAGCAAGAAGUAGCAGAAACUGUUUAUGACGCAGUAAAUGCAGACACAGAUAAAAUUGAGGCCAGAAAAAGGGCUAAAAAUAAGCAGCUUGGCCACGAGGAAGAUUAUGCACUCGGGAAGGAUUGUAUUAUGCAUGGGUACAUGCUGAAACUGGGGAACCCGUUCUUGACUCAGUGGCAACGUCGUUACUUUUACCUCUUCCCAAACCGACUUGAAUGGCGAGGAGAAGGAGAAUCACGGCAAAACCUACUGACAAUGGAACAAAUAGUAUCUGUUGAAGAAACACAAAUUAAAGAUAAGAAGUGCAUUUUACUGAGAAUUAAAGGAGGAAAACAGUUUGUCCUACAAUGUGAGAGCGACCCAGAAUUUGUUCAGUGGAAAAAAGAGCUGACGGAAGCUUUUACUGAGGCACAGAGGUUGCUGCGUCGGGCUCCAAAGUUUCUCAAUAAAUCUCGCUCCACAGUUGUAGAGCUUUCAAAACCACCGCUCAGCCACAGGAAUAGCAAUGGGCUGUAGGAGAAACAGAGAACAAAGUUCACUUAGGGAAAGCUACUUUGUGAACUUGUUGAGUUUCACAGAAUCCUUAUGAGUGACUUUGUGCAAUCCCGCACGCGGGAUAUGCUUAGAAGAGGAAAAAUUAGAUGUUUACAGCAUGGGAUAAUGUCAGAACUCUGUCUCUGGAGGUUGUGAAGACUGGAACAAUGGCAAGUGAAUUCAUGCUCCUAGCAGCGGUGGAAAUUACCAAGCGUAGAGGCUGGAUGUUGCUCCCAUGCAUUCCUGCACCCUGGCGGUGUCUAAAAACGUGGUCCGUUACUCUAGAACUACUGAUGGAAGGAAGAUACUGUUUUCUCUGCAAUACCCUCGUUUGGUGCGUACCGAGCCUGGAGACUGAAAUGGUUACUGCUGGCUGGGAUGACACUUCGGUGUGCGAUACCGACAAACCCCUCAACUGCGGAAGGAGCUGCAGACUUGCCAUGUUGGAUAACCUUUAAUCUGUCGUGUUGCCAUGUUCUUUCCGACCAUUACUGCUGACUUUGUAGUAACCUUUCUCCAUACUGCUGAUGAUCAACAGUGUGACUCUUAUGCACUUCAAAGUACUGAAUUCUAACUGUCCUGUGGUUUAAAUGUUAUUGCUACUUCAUGGAAACAUUGAACUCAGAUUAUUCACUUGGUUUGUUGUACUCACUAAUAGUAGCUACCACCGGUUUGCUUCUUCUACGUAUAUGCAGUACUAUAACUGACACAAUAGAGUAAUAAUUGGUGAAGAGGAAUUUAUGGUAGCUUCAUCUAGUGCUCUGUUGUAUAAAUUGACUAUUUUAGCACAGUUUUUAAAGAGCAGAUUCCUUUUGACAAGUUUACAGUGAACAUAAAGACAGUUCUUUUCCAUUUCAGGUCAACUGCACUUUUUAAAAAUUAAAAAGAAAUUAUUCAAAUCCAAUGCAUUCUAGUGCAUGUACUGGGUUAAAGUGUCUGGGUACCUCGGUACGUAUUUUGGAUCACUCUUCAGUUACGGGACUUGUGGAUCCUUCUCUGUUGUACACAAAACCAUUAAGCAAGUGUGUUCUCAUAGCGUAGAUAUCCCAGCCUUUCGCUGUAGCUCAGCUCAGGAGGUUCGUGCACACAUCACAUGGCUCGGCUUGCAAAAGGAUUUUCAGUUUUCUUUUCUAGGGAAUUCAAACUGUCCACGUUCAAAACAGUCUGAGAAUACCGAGGAUGGAACUGACAAAACGAGCUGAUCCAAUGCCAGAUUUAUAUUAAUUCUACUUGAGACAUCAGUCAUGUCACGUGGAAACUCUUGCUAAAGUAAAGAUAUAACUUCUUAACUGUUAGACAACUUGAAGCACGUGAAGUCAGCCUUUCCCUGGUCAUUGGGAUGUUUUCUAAGACAUAGGUCAGGGCUUAAUUUAAGCUUUUUUCUGUUUCAGUGAACGACUUCAAGAACAUUUUCUCCCUGAUCAUGGUGAUACAAUUCCCGUCAUCCCUAAAGACGAUGGGAAUUGCAUCUCCAUAAAUGGCAGCAGAAGUUGCCCCGGCAGCUUCCCCUGGUGUGCACGGUUUGUCUCGCCAGUGCUGCUAACAGAUAACCGCAGAGUCGAGACCCGUCUCCUCGGAGAAGAGAACAAAUUGGCAAAAACAGGAGAGUUCUUUUGAAAGUAUUUGUUUAUCCAGAACACACUUGUAAUAAAAUUGGAUGUAUUUGCUUCUAGAAGUGGGAGUGACUUAACUCUGCAUAGCACGUGUUUUCACACCUGUGCGAACUGUCUUAUCACCCGCUGCAGCAGAAAAGGGAAAAUGCAUUUUGGAAGAUACCCCGUGUGAGUCGGGUGAUAUCUUUUAAUGAGUUUGGGGGUUUUUUUCACUUUUUUUUUUUAAUUACUCUGUAAGAAGAGUACCAGCUUCUCUGUCAUUCUUACUGGUGAGGGAUGUUCACCAUCUCAGCAUCCUCUGUAAGGCGUCGUUGUGGUAUUUACCGAGGGGUGGCACAGAAAACGUCUCGUCUUACUGGCACUGACGGAGCACUGAGUGCUGUUGAGCUUUUCCUACAAUACCAUGCCACGCUCUUAUUUUUUUUCUUCUUGAUUUGGAAAAAAACACCUCAGAUUGUGAGAAAAACUCUUAGUUCUCGUGUGACUGGUUUGUGCUUUCUUAGUUCGUUAUCGGUUCCAUUCUUCUCUCUAGUUGCUUUCCGCGGUUGCUUUUUACGCUGAACGCUUGCUGGCAGAGUUUUGCGGUUCCUGAUGCAGCGAUCCCAUCGGUUCCAGGCGCUGGUGUCUGUGAGGAGGGGAGGGACAGAUCUGCGAUUGGGACAUUGCGCCUCAAAACCAUGGAUUUUAUAUGAAACAAAGGCUGUGUAUUGACUUACGGAAGUAUGCAUAUUUUGAAGUGUAACAGAGUUGGGGUGUCCCUAGAACGUGCUCGUUAGUGUGGUCCUUAUUGCCUUGUCCGGGUACACGGCAGGAGCGGAAUAGUAAAAUAUUUGUUUUUCUUUAGUCAACUGAUUUAUCAACAAUUUAUAAAAGGUUUAUAUUUGUGGCUCACACGUGACUGUGCUGUUAGGAGAGAAGGAGAGAUGACCGUAGUGGAAAACUUGUGUACGCGUGGGGGAAGUUGGGAUCCCAGUGACAAGUUGGGUUCUGCGUGGAAGGGACUGGAUCUGCUGGUGUGGAGAGAGAGCUGCAAAGCAACAUGUGAGAUAAGAUCCAGCUCCAACUGAUCGUUCCUGGUUUAGGUACCAAAUUCUCUGAAGUUUUUUCUUGGACAAAGGUUCUUGGUGGUGUUAUUUUACAUGAGGGUCUUUAGCUGUAUGUGGACAAAAUCUUGUUGAACGCAGAGAACGUAAGGCAUGGUGUUGUCUUUUAUGCAUUUUGACCACGUUUGUAGGAUUUUCCUUAUUCUAUUUUUUUUUUUUUUUAAUGUUCAGGGAAGUAAAGAUAAAAGAAAUUAGAGCUUUGGGCAUCAACAUUGCUGAGUGAAUGAUUAAACGCGUAUUUUUAAACAAAUUAGCUGAAAGCCCUUUAAAGCAAAAUCAGCCCUACUGAAGAAUUAAGCAUGUGUGGGUAUUGUUUCUUACGCUUCAAAACAGAGAAUUACAUGCCAGAUAGAGCCAUGUUAAACACUCCCCUGACACAUCCACAUGCCUUCAGUGCUGCAGGGAUUAUUUUCUAAUUAUUCUUUGUCUCUGACGUACAAGCUGACAAAGGCAGUAAGACCAGAUCCUGGAAGGCGAGCGCGGGAGUGACGUGGUGGUAGAAAGAUGUGUAAUUUCUGCAGGAGCUGGGCUCGCGGGGGGGUCGCAGUGGCCUUUAGGAGAGCUGCAGCUCUGGUCUGUGUUCUUCGCCUUCCCCUUCCCUUUCCCCUUCCCAUUUCCUUCUGCUCUGGGGCAGGGCGGCAUUUUUGAUACGUGGGAGUUGCUGUAAAUUCAUGUCUUGCUUCAAGGACCGAGGUACAUCAAAUUCUAGGCAAAAUCAAGCUUUUAUGAGGUGAAAUUGAAGUGCAGGGGAAGCAAAGCUCCACUUACUCCUGCUGCGGGCAGAGUGUGACUGAGGAACCGUGUGGAGCUGGGCACAAGCUUGGCCGGUGCUGUAACGUGUUCCCUGGACACCGUGUCAACUGAGAUGUCCCAUCAUUGCAGGUAUCAAUUAGGCACUUUUUAUUAUUCAAAUUUGUUCGCUAAUUUUUUUUGCAAAUGAACGAAACCGUUAAAAGAAUAUUUACUGUCUUUUUUAAAAAAAGAAAUCCUUCAUCUAAGUGCAAGCUGUCCAGUUUUCUAAGUCUAACAGCUUCUUGGUGUUAGUUAUGUUUGAGCGUUAACGUCUUGUCACCGGGCCAGCAAAGUCUAGGGCUGCGGUCUCCCGAGUUACUGCUCCAGGCGCUGCUGGGAGAUAAGCCCUGCUGGUGGAAAUGCUGGAGCUGAGCCAACUUGCACCGGCGUUCCCGGUUUGUUACCCUCCCUGUUAGGCUUCGAAAACAAAGGCUCCGAGCACGCUAAUAGUAGCCUAAUAGUAGUUAAGGCUAAUAGUAGUUGGAUGUGCGGGUGGGAAACCUGGCAGGCAGGGACGGCGCUGCGCGAGGGUGACGGUGAUAGACCUCAGCUUAGUCGCCUUCCAGUUUUCCUUAAUUUCAACAACUCUCCUUUAGAAACGCCGUGGAAGUUUUUCUUCUCCCACUUGUCUCGAGCUGGCGGGGGGGGGGGAAGGAAUUAGGGUCAUCAGAUUGGUUUUGGUUUUAAUUGGUAUUUGCUGGUGUUUGCAGCCCAGUGGACAGAUAAUAGGAAAUGUCGUGUAUUUGGUGCUAAAACCAAACCUGUUUAUCCCAGUUGUGAUCCCGUACAAGGGGAUGCUGUCGAUGUCCGGUGGAGCUGCUCGGGCUGCUGGUUGAUACAGCAGCCCUGGCACCGCGAGCAGGCUCGGGCCCCCGACGCGUGCGACGACUUGCGCAGUAACAUUUCCUACAUUUACCGUCUCCGACGAUGGUAAAUUAGCUCAUGAACAGUGAAAUACCCGGAGCUCCGUGUGUUGCUCUUUUCCUGGCAGCUGGUCAGUUUUAGGACUAGAUUCUUCAAUAGCCCGUACAUACCUCCGUACUGCGGACGCUGGCCAUCGCACACUGGUUUCGCUGUUCCCCACGCGGCAGAUGGCAAGGACACAGUUAAUUUAACUCUGAAAUGCUCACACUCUAAAUAUAUAUGGAGGAAGGACUAUUUUGAAGUGUACAGUAGAAAAGUAAAUAAUUCUAGUUGCGUUGAUUAAUAUAAGGAAUGAGUCAAUUCUACAAAUCAAAAAAAAAAAAUCUGAAAAGCGUAUUUUGAAAAAAGCAUAGUAUUAAUUUUAAUAUUGUAAAAAAGAAAAGGAAAAUAUCUAAAAUAUACAGAGAACAUAUGUAUAUCCAAAUGUCUGAGAGAUUUCAAGAUAAUCUACUUUUGUUUUCUGUUGAUUUCUAUUCCAUGGUGUACAUAUUGUGUGGAUUGAACAUUGGCUGUUUUAAUACUAUUGUUAAAUUGUAUUUUUAUUUUGUGUUAAACUAAUCAUCACAGACUCAGCUUUAUUUUGUUUAUGUAAAGGUUGCUAUGCUAUGUAGGUAUAAAACCAAGAAUUCUAUUUUAACAAAAAAGCAUUUUAUAUAUUAUUUAUUAAAUACAUGUGUCUCCAACUUCUGACAUUCCACAGAAUUUCUGCUCCGUAUAUGUAUAGAAAUGGCAGUCCCUUUCAAGCAGGAUCAGUCAGCUUUAUUCUGUUUUUCAUAAUAAAGUGGAAAUAGUUGCCGUCAGUCUGUCCAGCUGACCCUUCUGUUCCGAGCGUAGUGGCUUCCAGGCGCUGUCAGGACCAUCUCGAAGUGCAGUGGCUCGUGAAUGCAGAAACAUCUGACAAACUUGCAAAUAAACCCCUGGGUUUGGUAUUUCUAAAUUCCCCCUUUUAUUCCUCGGCGUUCCGGAGAGCGAGCGUUUAUUCACAUGAGCCCGUGCUGGGUUAACGAGAAUUAAUGACCUUAAAUCGGGGCGAGGAAUCGGCUUGAUAUUUGAAAAAGGUCAGGCAUGGGCUCAGGUAUUUGCGAAGCUCUUUUAAUUCCAAGGUUAAUGAGGGAGUGGAAGGGAGAGCCCGGAGGGGCUGCGGGGUUUGAGCGCGGGGGCCGGCUCGCAGCGGUGCCUUGUGUCGGGCGUAGGGCAGAGACGGGCCAAACCGGCAUCGGAGGUGGCAAAAAUUGUAUGUGUUGCUGUUUCAGGGGGAUUAUUUGGUCCUUAAAAAUAGGUUUAGAGCCCAUGAAGCCAGGAGGGGUGUCCUGCGGAGCUGGGCGGCCGGGGCAGGGGCCAGGCCGUGGCGCAGGACUCUGCCCGCGCCGCAGGCGAGGAGGGGAGCGGGCACCCCCGGGACCCCGCGGGGACCGUCCCUCCGGGGGUGUCGGGACUCAGAGCCCGCGCUCCCUGAGCUCCACCUGCCCGGGCAGCCAGCCCCUCGCAGCAAAGGGUUUGCUGGAGCUCUGCUACCGCUGGGCACAUCUGUCCAUAACCCAACCGGGCACUUCCUUCCCCAGCCAGGUACAAAAAUAGCGCAAAAUUCAUCAGAUAACUCAUUUGCUAAAAAUAAGGCCAGUUGCAGUCCUGGCCCCCGCAGUUUGAGGAAUGCUCAAGGUAUUAAAGCACAUGCUUGUAAUUGCCACUGUGGUGGAGCUCGGAGCACGUACCCUUCAGGGUUUAACCGAGUGGUGUCUCGAGGGUGAAAUGUGGCUUUUGCUGGCCGUGGGGCCGAAGCCGCCUCUUCUCACAGGGAGGGGUGGCCGCUUUCCCCCCGUAGUACUUCUGGCCUGGUUUUACAUUUUCCCCGUCUGAUCCUGUUGUAUUUCUGUGGCUGAGAGCGAGCUGUAGUGUUGAGAGAGCUCCCGCGGGGUGGGAGAGGCCGGUGGUGGGGUGUAAAACCGCACGGGUGCCCGUGGGAUCCUGGUUUUUUGGCAUCACCCACCAGAAAUGCGCGGAGAUCGGGGUAGCGCCGAGCCCGGCGCCGCAAACCUGACCCGUGCCCAAGCAGGGCUUCCUUAGAAAACCUGGGGACAAUGCUGGUUGUUCACCCAGGGCGAGGAUUUAUCCGCGUUUGUGUAACUUGAUGUAUUUCCAGACUGGGGGAGGAGGCGGGUGGGGUGUAGCACUGGGAUUGCCUGGAUGCGGGGUGGGAAGAGGCCUUCCCGGCAGUAGCAAGCAUCUUUUCCUUAAGGAAAGGGAGAAAUCAGAGAGCAGGCGAAUAAAAAUGAGUCUGAAAAACAGAAUAAAGCGAGAGCAUCCUAGGAGAGGCGUUUUUAUGAGCACUGUUUCAGUGACGACAUUCGGUCCUUAAAAAAAGAAAAAAAAAAAAAAGAAAAAAAAUAAAGGAGCAGAUUCACAUGAAUAGCUACUAGUGAUUUAAAGAAAUAUAUUGAAAGAGAACCUGUUUUCAAUGUGUAAUUUAAUGGUAAGAAAAGCCAGUAUCUGUAAAUAACUUUAGAUAUUGUAUCUAUGAGAAUCAUUCUUUGUUUUCUGUACUUGGCUCUUUUCAUAUUUAUUGUGCGGAGGAGGGGGUGCCCCGUGCCGGUGUGUGCUGCUGCACGUCCCAGUGGUACUUCUCCCAGAGACUUUAUCUUCGGGGUUUACAGUCCUCGGCGAUUUGUGACUGAUGUGCCACACUUAGUUAAUUCCGCCAUUUUAUUUUAUUUUAUUUUGGUUUUUGGUUUUUUUUUUGUUGUUGUUUCGUUGGGGGGUUUUUUUUGUUGUUUUUUUUUUAUAAAAGGGUUAUUUUGGCACAAGCUAAGCUGCUUCUGUGUGUUGGUCAGUACAACUGCUCUCGUACGACGAGAACCCCAAUAAAAGCCGUCCUUUGCGUGUG